GUAUUGAGAGAGAGUUAGCUCAGUGCACACCGCGGCCGCUUGUCUCCCCUCACUCGCACCUCUCCCUCUCUCCUCUCCCCUCUGUGAUCGUGUCUAUGUGCGCGUCCCCAAGCUCGCUGUGAGAGUAGAAAAAGAGAGAGAGAGAGGGGAGAGAGUGAGUGCGUUUGUCACAGCGAGGUGGUGGCAGCGCCGCAGCGUGCCCGCCCCCCCACCGCGGCCCCGCCAGCGGCAGCAGCAGCAGCAGCAACAGCAGCAGCAGGAUGGUGAGGUAGGGGGUGGCGCCCCCCGGGCCCCCGGGCCCCGCCAUGGUGCCUGCCGACACCGGCGAGGAUGACGGCCUCUACCAGCCGCCCCGCCCCCCCCUGCCGGCGCCCCCUCCCUACACCCAUCCCCGCCCCGUGCUACCCCUCGCCCCGCCCCGACCCUCCCUCUCCCCCGCGCCCUCCCUCACCCGCCUCUCCCACCUGCAGCAGCAGCAGCAGCAACAACAGCAGCAGCAGCAGCAACAGCAGCAGCACCUCUCCCAGCAGGGCGCCCAGGACAGCCCCGGGGCGGCACAGUGCCCCGCCCCUUCCAGCCUGGCGCCCCAGCCCCUGCCCGGCCUGGCGCAGGGCCCGCCGCCCCAUUUCCUGACGGCGCCGCGGGCCGCCACGCUGCCGGCGGGGCUGCACGGCCUGCAGGGCAUCCAGACCCUGCAGGACACCCGCUACCCGCCCUUCCAGCCCGUGCCCCAGUACCGACCCCCGCCAAACCCACGUGUGGGCGCCGCAGGCCUCCCGCCCUCCGCCUUGGGCCCUGACCAGCUGCCGCCCCCAAGUUACCUGCCUGCCGUGGCCCCUCGCUCGCCUCUCGGGGGGGGCAGCCUCUCCUGCCCCACCAGUCUCAGCGAGCAGGCGGCGCCCGCCCCCCAGGCGCUGCCCGCCGCCCCGGGCCCCGGCUGCUGGUCUCUGCCUCGCGACCCUCACGGGGCGCCGCCCCCGGAGAUGGCAGUGGGCGGAGGUGGCGUGGCCAUCAGCCACGAGCGGGGUGACUCCGCCCCGGCGGCCAUGGGCGGCACGUGCGCCGUGGGCGGCCCCGAGGAGCUGAAGACUCGGUCGCUGCCCACCCGCAGCCUGCACGGGGCACGGCCGCCCUUGGUGGCGCGGCGAACGCUGCUGCUGGGGGCGGGGGAGGGUGGCGGGGAGGGCGGGGUGGGCAGCAGCUCCCUGCUGGUGGAGGAGGACGGCUUCUACUACAACCAGCCGCUGCUGGAGGAGCGGGACGAGGACCUGUACGGCUCCUCGGAGGACAUCUCCUCCUCCUCCUCCCUACUGGAGAGACUCAUGGUGCGCGCUUACUACAACGGAGACUGGCCCGACGAACCCCCAGGUGAGUGUGAUGUAAUGCGGUGUUGCCACAUCUCACCAGCCAAGGGAGUGAAGAGCAACGGUGCGGCGCGGGGUGGGGCGGGAGGGGGCGGCGGGGGAGGUGGCGGCCGCUCCCCCCCGCCUGAGAGGACCAAGAGUUCGAAGUUCUCAGCGCUGGGCAGACUCUUCAAGCCAUGGAAGUGGAAGAGGAAGAAGAAGUCGGAGAAAUUUGAGGCCACGUCCAGAUCUUUGGAGAGGAAGAUCUCGAUGCGUGUCAACAAAGAGGAGCUAGUACAAAAGGGCAUACUGUUCCCUGACUCCCCUACCUCACCUGUCGCGGAAGAGGGCGGCCCGGACAAGAGUGAGGGCGUGAACGGCAGCGCGGGCGGCUUGGGGUCGCCAGAGCAGCCGCCCCAGGGCCCGGCGCUGAGCCAGGCGCCUCCCACCCAGCAGCAGCAGCAGCAGGCGGCGUCCACAGCCUUCAGCCCCCUGGCGGCGGGUACCACCACCCUCACCACCACCACCGCCCUCAGCGCGGCGCCCACGCCCGACGCGCCGCCACCCGCCUACCACAGCCACCACCACAUCGUCGGGGCGGAGCGGCCAGAGCGCCCCACCACCCUCAUGGCCCCGGGGGCCUGUGAUGGGGGCCUGGGCAGCACCAUGGGAGGGGUUCAGGUCCUCCCCACGGACAUCCCAGCAGGACUUCACCCCGUCCACCAGAGGGACACCCAUACAUUCUACGGGGGUGUCACUGGGGCAGGGGGCGAUGACCCCAACCACUACCACCACCACCACCACGUCGCGCACCUCCCAGAUCCACCCAUACCUGUGUCUGAGAUAGGCCCCAUUCCUCCCCCUCCUAUGUUCUCCUCCCCCUCCCCCCUGGUGACACAGCGCGCCCACCCCCCGCCCCCAUAUCACCCCCCGCCCACCUCUGCGACAGGGGCGGGGGUCCAGAAUGCAAUGGGUCACAAUCUCUCGGCCACGGAUUACGGAGAAGAGGAGGAGGAGGAGGAGGAGGUGGGGGAGGAGGGGGUGAUCUUCUAUGGCACCCCUGGCCCCCCCUUCGACACCAACAACGUGGAGGAGGUGCCAGCGAGGGAGCCACGCCUGGAUGCCAAACCCCUCAAAUCUGCACUCAAGAAGAAGGGUGUGCCAGUGAACGGGUCAGCUGGAGGUGCCACGCCCCCGCCAGGCACCCCCACAGAGGCAGGGGGGAAGCCUCUCUCUAUUAGGCAGGAUUCUAAUAGAGCCCAGAUAAUUAGGAAAACACGGAUAAGCACGAAGCCAAUCCGGUUUUCGUACAGCCGAGGGGACGGAGGAGACAAGACGAGCGAGAACAAGGAAAACAGUGUUCCAUUCUCUUAUCUUCCUCCAAACACUGUAUUGCCAAACUCGCUGCAGGAGACACGUGUGGAUGAUGAUGAUGAUGAUGGUCCCGUGCUGUACAGAGACGAUGAUGAUGAUGAUGAUGAUGAUCAUCUAGUGACGAAGGUGGCUCGGCGGGACAGUCUGGCGCAGAAGCUCAAGUGCCGCCCGAACAAGCAGGACCUCAUUGACCGGAACAUUAUCCCCGUACAGAGCGAGAACGACAGGAAGGAGUUUAGAGAGGCUAUCGGCGCUAAGCUCACAAGGCGUCUCAGUCUCCGGCCCACAGCGGAGGAGCUUGAGGAGAGGAACAUUCUCAAACGCACCACCCCGGAGGAGGCUCGCAAGCAGAAGGAGGAGAAAAGAAGGACUUUGCUGCGGAAGCUCUCCUUCAGACCAACUUUGGAAGAACUGAGGGAGAGAAAGAUCAUCCGUUUCAACGACUACAUCGAGGUGACGCAGGCGCACGAGUACGACCGCCGGGCAGACAAGCCUUGGACGCGCCUCACACAGCGGGACAAGGCGGCCAUUAGGAAGGAGCUCAAUGACUUUAAGAGCAUGGAGAUGGAGGUACAUGAGGACUCCAAACACUUGACCAGGUUCCACAGGCCCUGAUGAGCAGCCGGGCGGAGAGACAGGCCCCUUCCACGCACCCCUGACCCUCCACCCCUCCGCCGGCCAGCCAGGGUGGAUCAUGGCAGCAAACAACGAAAAGUCCCCUUGGAAACCACAUACUCAUAAAAACGGCAGCUGAACGAGAAAAUGCGAGAAAUUGUUAGCCACAUUUACCGCGCGAUUGUGCAGUCGUGUGUGUGUGUGGCGGGCAUGUGCUGGCGUGUACGCGUGCCCACACCCUUCCCCCAUGUGUGCACCAACCGGCAGUAGCCCUGUGCGUCUAUGUGUGUGUGUAUGUGCGCGUUUCCUUGAACAUAUGUACGUGACGCGCGUCUGUGAUACCGAAAGAGAGACCAAGAUGGAGGUUUGAAAAUCGUAUAAUUAUUCUCUUUUAAAACCCUCCCAGCCCCCCCACAGCCCCUCCCCAGCUUCCCCCUGUGGCCCCCCAGUGUUAAGUGAUUUUUUAAGCCCCGUCUCAGCCCCCCCAGCGCCCCCCACGACCCCCCAUUUAGGAGAUAUUGAAUAAUCUGUGUUAUAAGGUAUUUGAAGAGAGAAUUGUAACAGAGGAAGGUAGAAAGAUUGUUGGUGACAGACAGACAGACAGACAGACAGACAGACAGACA